AUGUCUUCUGUAGCAUUAGCUGGAGAGAAAGCCAAUGACAUGAGGAAAGCCAGUAUUCUUAGUGGAAACAGCAUGAGCACCAUUGGAGGUUCUUUGAAAAAAGAGCGAGUUCGAUCCUCAUUUGAUGCAUUUUCAAGGCAAUCUAUGCAUCCCCUGCAGCCACCGAGCCACGCCCCUGUAGCCUAUAGAAGAAAACUGAUGUUGAGUGAGGAGAUGGUGAAUGACGUGGGGAUGGAGGAAUCUGAUCCUGUGGUCUCUGAGUCUGGAUCAGAAUCAGAAUCAGAAGAAGCUGAAGACGUGAAGUUAACUGAACCUUCAAAGAAUGCUGUGAACAAUCGUGAAGGUUUGCUUGAUAAGCUUGGAGAUAUCAACUGGCCUGCCAACGUCGAAUGGAUACACAAGCUUUCACUUGAUAUUGAUCAGGCACAAGAAGUGGAUGUCAAUGAUGACCUGACACGGGAGCUUGCUUUUUAUACACAGGCACUAGAGGGUGCGAGGCAGGCCUUGGUAACAUUUCAGUCGAUGGGACUUCCUUUUCUGAGGCCUUCUGACUAUUAUGCUGAAAUGGUUAAAUCUGAUGCUCACAUGGAGAAAGUUAAGGGCAGACUCUUAGCAGAAAAGAAAAAGGUUGAGGAGGCAGAGGAGAGAAAGAAGGCAAGGGAGAACAAGAAGUUAGCUAAAGAGAUACAAGCUCAGAAACUAAAAGAGAGGGCCAAGCAGAAGAAAGACGAUAUUGAAUCUGUUAAGAAGUGGAGGAAGCAGCGGCAACAGAGUGGGUUUGCCGGCGGUAAUAAAGGCGAUGACCUUGAUUUGGCUUUCGAAGAAGGAAAACCAUUUGAUCGAAUGAAUAGGAAGAGGCCGUGGGUGGCUCCUGGAGAUCGUUCUGGUGGAAAGGCAAAACAGGGUGGUGGAAAGGGGAAAAAAGGUUCAGAUAAAAAUAUGAAGAACAGGGAACAUAGGGAUUCAAGGUUCGGAUUUGGAGGGAGGAAAGGGUUAAAGAAGCAGAACACAGCUGAGACCACAAAUGAUCUGCCGAGAAGCUUUAAUAAAAGCAAAUUUUCUGGUAAUAAGAGACUGAAAAAGUGA